AUAAAUGACAACACAAAGAGGAGGAAAGCAAAACAACUUACUGAAUUUUAGCGUAUCAUUCUGAAAAGUUUUCUUUCUCAUAUCCGUUAAUAAUUUUAUAAAAAUGACAAAUUUGGGUGGAAUUGAGAAUUUAUAUAAAGAGCUAAAAGCCGAAUGGUCUAAAAAACCGCAAAAUCUAAAGAAAUGUGGUCAAUUGUUGGAUGUCUUAAAGGUCGAGUUAACUAAGUUAGCUUUCCUGCCCACUGGCGACACGAAGACCAGUAAAAAUGAAAUGGUUUUAGCACGCGAUGUUCUCGAAAUUGCCGUGGAAUACAGUGUCGCAAAUAAGGACAUACCGGCCUACGAAAGAUACAUGUCUCAACUCAAAUGUUAUUAUUAUGAUUAUAAACAAAAGAUUGGCGAGUCCGAUAAUAUGUAUAAAUUGUUAGGCAUAAAUCUGCUGUAUUUGCUGUCUGUAAAUCGCGUUUCAGAAUUUCACACAGAAUUAGAGCUGUUGUCCGCCGACACCAUACAAAAUAACAAAUAUAUACGUCCUAUAUUGGCAUUGGAGCAAUACAUAAUGGAAGGACGAUAUAAUAAAAUUUUCCAAGCAAAGAGUUCGGCGCCUUCAGAAAUUUAUAAUCAUUUCAUGGAUAUACUACUUAACACCGUACGUGAUGAAAUCGGAGCUUGUAUAGAAAAAUCAUAUGAAAAGAUAUCGGCCAAAGAAGCAGCGAAACGGUUGAAUCUCAAUUCUCUUGAGGAAGUCAAAGCUUUUGGCCAAAAACGCAAUUGGAAUUUGGGCGCUGAUGGUAUUUACAAUUUUGUAGAAAAAACUGCCAAACCAAAAGAAGUAUUGCCAUCAGUUGAGUUGGCAGAACAAGCUAUUUUCUAUGCACGUGAAUUAGAAAUGAUUGUUUAAUUACAUAUAAUAUAAAAAUAGUUUGUACUCAUCUGCGUAAUAAAUAUAAUAACUUGCUAUA